AAUUUUCUCGUGAAAUGUUGUUCGGCUACUAGGGUCCUUCAGUUUGUGAAAACUACACCUGAAUAAAUCUGUAACUGAAUAAUUGAAAGUUGACAAUACAUGCCAUGGUCAUGUUGUGCCCAGAAAAAAAUGAAUACUCAGAAUUCCAAUGUGGCUCAUUUCGUACUAGAAAUACACAGCAAUUAAAUAAGGCAAAUAUCAUUAGUGAAUUAUCAGCACGAUAAAAAUGACUAAAUCUUUUGAUAAGACUGAUAAGCUAUUAGGUGUAUCUUUUUCAUUACAACGUCUGUGUAAGUCCGGGAAAUCUAAUGCAGUGAAAUAAGUGUUUCUCAUUUAUGAGCUAGUGUUUUUUCGCAACAAACAAUGGAUUUAUUCACCUUAGUAGUGGGAAUUCUCUGUCUCAGCUUAGCAAGUAAUGCUGAAGAGACCUUCGAAAAUUCGACGAACCUCUGUGAAAAAUGCAAAUGCAUUAAUGGACCACAAUUUGUUCUGGAUUGCCAGAAACAAGACUUUCAUCAUAUGAUAGCUAAUUGGCCGGAACAUAACGUUGCGUUAAUAGCUACAUUUAGCUAUAAUAAUAUUUCAAAUGUGGAAAUCCUGCCGGAUAGUGAUUUGGUAACAAAAGUGAUAUUGUCCCACUGUGGAAUCAAAAGUGUGGACAAUGGAGCUUUCAAAACAGUGAAAUACCUUACUUAUUUGGAUUUGAGCUAUAAUUUACUAACCACUGAAGAAAUUUCUCCGGAAAUAUUCAAAGGCACAUACAACAAUACGGUUUAUGAGCCACUUAUGCUAGAAGAUUUGGACUUGUCGCACAAUGAAAUCCACAGUUUACCACAUAAUAUUUUCGAACAUCUAACCACGCUGAAGCAAUUGAACUUAGCGGGAAAUAAUCUAAGAGUUCUGGACCCACCGACUCAAAUGGCAUUGUCAGGCCUGACCAAUUUACAAGUACUGAAUAUCGCCGAUAAUGACCUUACUGACUUAGUUGAAGAUGCGGUCAGAAACUUGCAAAAACUGAGAAUUCUAAAUUUGACUAUGAACCUAUUGGAUUUUGUUCCUGAUACACUGAGCCUUCUGAGCAAUUCAUUGGAAGCGGUCUAUUUGGAUCAUAAUCUCAUUUUUGAAAUCACUGAUGAGUCAUUUUUGGGUGUCAAAGGUAUUAAAGUGCUUUCCCUCACAAAUUUGCCAAGAUUGCAGUACGUAAACGCGAAUUCCUUUGCACAUCUUCAGAACUUAUCUAUUUUAUAUCUGUCCGAUAAUCCAAGCUUGACCACAAUAGACAGAGAUGCGUUUGGAAAGGGACAGGUUCUAGAGGAGUUGUAUCUUCACUCAAAUUCCUUACAAGACCUUCACUACAAUCUUACUAAUUGGUCCGCACUCAGGCUCUUCACUCUCAAAGAUAAUAGUUUGUUUUGCGACUGCGAUUUGUACGAAAUAUCUCAAGCCUUGUCCUCGGAGAUAAAAAUGGAUAAGGAUGGUCCUUUUUGCAUAAAUCCUAUCACAGAUGUCAGUAUGAUGAUCUACAAUUUGACUGAGGAAGCUUGUAGCUUUGAUGUAAGUUUUCAGCAAUAUACAUAUAGAGCGUCUCACCUUAUGGACAGCCACUUUCACACCAUCAAGUUAGUUUUCAUUAUUCUGCUGGUGAUUGCAACCCUUAUUGCAUUUGUCGCUCUAGCAAUUGCAUUGUUACGGUGCUAUCGAUUCAGAAUUAAUCAAAACUAUCCGUUCCCUACACAGGUGAUGUACAAUCCCUUAAGGACACAGAAUAUCAAUUGAGAAUUAAGUACACCAAACAUUUAUUGUUCGUUUAACUGUGAAUUUUGAACUAGAUUUAGAUGAUUUAAUGUGAUGUGAUGACGAUUUAAUGUGAUUUGUUGACUAAGUUUUCACACCAAAUGAGUAUUAAAUUAGAUAGACUUUUUGUGUAUUUUAUGUUUUGUCUGGAUUCACUUAAGAUGAUUUUUUAGUUUAUAAUUAUUCAUGGCAUAAAAAUCUGCAUCCAAAUAAAUGAGUAAAACACA